UGUGUCGAAGCAAAUGACACAUGAGACACUACCAUAAAGUCAGCGAUGAUACCUCCAAGGAGACGUGAACGGACCGUUCACUGCCAUGGGAUGAUUCACCCACUUCCUCAUGGUGAGUGUGGGCUUCUUUUCCCUCCGCAGACUGGAACACCGUCGUCAACGGGACUGGUUUCAUCGACGCCGCCGUCGCCUCCUCAUGAAACGCCGACACCACCGACGCACUCCUACUAUAAAACGUCGGCGGCGGCGUAGGAUAACUGUUCACGAACUCCGCACUGUUUGGGUUCUUCCCACCCAACGUGAUCGCCAUCCUCCUGUCAUUUAUCGCCCUCAAUUCCUCCAUCGCCAACCGCUCAACCUCCUCCCCAUCGCUUCUCACGGCUUCAGCCAUACUAGUUGCCAGUCGCUCGCUGUCGAGGCGUCCUAGAAGGGCCUCGACUUCGUCGACGUACAACUUGUAGGCUGAGCUGGAUGGAUGGGGUUGAUCGGCGCGAUUCUUGCCCUUGGAAGUGCUCUCGAAAAUGGUGAUCUCUUCGAGCUGGAGACGGAAACCGAAUUCUUCGUCGAAGGAGUAGUCAGUAAGGGCAGUCAUGAUCGCAUAUAAGCA